GUGUGUAACAGCAGAACUUGCUUGAGCAAAUCAACUCACCACUGAAAAUGGGAAAGAUCAUCUUCUACGAGGAUCGUAACUUUCAGGGACGCUCUUUCGAUUGCAACUCUGAGUGUCCAGAUUUGUCCUCAUAUUUUCACCGCUGCAAUUCCAUCCGUGUAGAAAAUGGAAACUGGAUCUUGUACGAGCAACCCAACUUUAGAGGAUACCAGUAUUACCUUAGCAGAGGAGAAUAUCCUAAUUUUCAGCAAUGGAUGGGUUUCAAUGAUUCCAUCAAAUCAUGUCGUUUAAGCCCACAGCACCAUGGCUCAUUCAGACUGAAGAUCUAUGAAAAGGAUAAUUUCCAAGGUCAGAUAUUGGAAUUUGCUGAAGAUUGUCCUAAUGUCUAUGAGAGAUUCCGUCACCAUGACAUCCACUCCUGCCAUAUAUUUCAUGGAUACUGGAUGUUCUAUGAGGAACCUAAUUACAGGGGGCGCCAGUAUUACCUGAGGCCAGGAGACUAUAGAAAAUAUACUGAUUGGGGUGCCAUGAACUCAAAAAUUGGCUCUUUCAGAAGACUCUAUGAUUUCUAAUAAAAUAUAGUUCUGUUUAUUUCAUUGUAAAAUGUUGAAUUCAUUAAAUUUCCUAAAACAUUAA